UUUUGUGACACAAGCGAGGAAGCCGCAUUUCAAUUGGCUUUUGCGCAAAAAUUAAAAAAGAAAAGAAGACCUAAUCAAAUUAAACGAAAGGCCGCAGCACGUGCCAAAUGCAAUUUAACAUGCGACGACAACAAUAAUACAAUACUUGUACAAAAAAAACUGGCCCAAAGUUAACCGUCAGCUAUUGUGAGCCAUAUGCCAGCUGCAUUUUUAAGUGCAACCUUCAAUCGGGGCCCUGGAUGACUCAAGCUUGAAGCUUGAGGCGAUUACUAUAAAUACGCGCCAGUUGCUCAAAUUCAAUAUCAAACAAAGCGCACAGCUUCAAGUGUCUACAAGCAAACCCAAACAACCAAAAAAAAACAACCCAAAAAAUCACCAACAUGAACUUCUUCGCCGUCUGCUUCUUCGCUGUUGUGGCUGUGGCUGCUGCCAAGCCUGGCAUUGUGGCUCCUUUGGCUUACACCGCACCAGCAGCCGCUGUUGUUGGCAGCGCCGCCUAUGUGGCGCCCUACGCGUCCAGCUAUACCGCUAACCAGGUCGCCCACAGCGCCGCCUUCCCCGCUGCCUACACUGCACCGAUUGCUGCUGCCUACACUGCUUCAAUUGCUGCUCCUGUGGCUGCUGCUUACUCCGCUCCUCUGGCUGCUGCUGCUUAUACCGCUCCCGUUGCUGCUGCCUACUCUGCUCCCUAUGCCGCUCCCUAUGCUGCUCCCUAUGCCGCUCCCUAUGCCGCUCCCUAUGCCGCCGCUUACACCGCCCCCGUUGCUGCCGCUGCCUUUGGUCGUUAUGCUGCUGCUGCUCCUCUGGCCUACAGCGCACCCCUCGCUGCUGCCCCAGUCCUGCUGAAGAAGUAAGCUGCAAAUAUGCGAACAUGUUUUGAUAACCCGCUCUUUGUGUAAAUAAAUAUAUGUAUAAAGUCCAA